UGCUGCAUGUAUCGAGAUACUCGAUACAAGACAGAUGUCUCCAUUCUUGUGGACCUGUCAUAAUGCAAACAGCUUCACAGCUUUAUUCCAAAUAGAUUUCUGCAUCGGUCCAAAUGAUGCAGCCCCAGUGUGUUACUAGCACAACGACUGUGAGCUGAGUGGGGGUCGAGAGAGGAAUUAUUUGUAUUGUGUUAGAUAAGGGCUGGGGAAGAUGUCACAUAUGCUGCAGGCAGCAGAACGGGUGAGAUGGAGCAAGGAGACUGCUCUGAAAAGAGCCGCUUUCCUUUUAGCUGCAGCCUACGGAGCGAAGACCCUAUACCCCAUCAUCUGCAGGCAGCUCCGGAGGAAGGACAGCAGCCCGUGCCGGCGCCCGCACAGCACCGGGGGCAGCGGCUGCCACACUCCCUCCUCCCCGGCCAUCAAUGCGGAAUUCUACCGACAGCUGCUGGUGCUCGGCAAAAUCCUCUUCCCCAAAUUAGUGAGCAAGGAGCUGGGGCUUUUGUCAGUGCACUCACUGGCUCUAAUCUCCAGGACGUUCCUAUCGGUUUACGUUGCGGGACUGGAUGGGAAGAUAGUAAAAAGCAUUGUGGAGAAGAAACCGAGGAGCUUCUUGAUCCAGCUUAUGAAAUGGCUUCUCAUCGCCAUCCCGGCCACUUUUGUAAAUAGUGCCAUCCGCUACUUGGAAUGCAAACUGGCGCUGGCUCUGCGCACCCGCUUGGUGGACCAUGCAUACGAGACCUAUUUUGCGGACCAGACCUAUUAUAAAGUCAUUAAUAUGGACGGAAGACUUGCCAACCCCGAUCAGUCCCUUACUGAGGACAUCAUGAUGUUCUCACAGUCCAUAGCACAUUUGUAUUCCAACCUCACCAAGCCCAUAUUGGAUGUGGUGCUGACGUCUUACACUCUCAUCCAGACUGCUAGAUCAAGAGGAGCUAAUCCCCUGGGGCCUACGCUGCUAGCCGGGCUAGUGGUGUAUGCAACAGCUACAGUGCUGAAAGCAUGCUCGCCCAAAUUUGGCAAGCUGGUGGCAGAAGAAGCCCACAGGAAGGGCUACCUGCGGUAUGUGCAUUCCAGAAUUAUAGCUAAUGUGGAAGAAAUUGCGUUCUACAGAGGUCAUAAGGUAGAAAUGGCUAAGCUACAGAAGAGUUAUAUGGCAUUAGCGGAUCAAAUUAAUCUUAUUCUGUCUAAACGUUUGUGGUAUGUUAUGAUAGAGCAGUUCUUGAUGAAAUAUGUCUGGAGUGGGAGUGGACUAGUUAUGGUUGCUGUUCCUAUCAUCACAGCAACAGGAUUUGCAGAUGGAGAUUUAGAAGAUGGUCAGAAGCAAGGAAUGGUGAGUGAACGUACUGAAGCCUUCACCACAGCAAGAAACUUGUUGGCUUCUGGAGCUGAUGCCAUUGAAAGAAUUAUGUCUUCAUAUAAAGAGGUCACAGAACUAGCGGGGUACACGGCGAGGGUUUACAAUAUGUUUUCUGUUUUUAAUGAAGUAAAGAAAGGAAUAUACAAAAAAUCAUUAAUCCAAGAGAUACCUAACCAAAUUAAAAAUGGAGAAAAAGAAGGAUUUCACAUUGAUGGACCUCUGGGAAUUAAAGGCAAAGUGAUCGAUGUUGAUCACGGAAUCAUCUGUGAAAAUGUUCCUAUCAUUACACCAAAUGGAGAUGUUGUGGUUUCUAAGUUGAAUAUAGAAGUGAAGGAAGGGAUGCAUCUUCUCAUCACUGGCCCCAAUGGUUGUGGAAAAAGUUCCUUAUUCAGAAUUUUAGGUGGCCUGUGGCCAGUUUAUGAAGGAGUUCUAUUCAAACCUCCACCAGAGAAGAUGUUUUACAUUCCCCAAAGGCCAUAUAUGUCUAUUGGAACAUUAAGGGAUCAAGUCAUUUAUCCGGAUUCAAUGGACGACAUGCAUGAAAAAGGAUAUCAGGACCAAGACCUUGAAAGUAUUCUAGACAUUGUACAUCUUAAUCAUAUCGUACAGAGAGAAGGAGGCUGGCAUGCAGUCACAGACUGGAAAGAUGUUUUAUCUGGAGGAGAGAAACAAAGAAUGGGUAUGGCCCGGAUGUUCUACCACAAGCCACAAUUUGCACUGUUAGAUGAAUGCACCAGUGCUGUGAGUAUAGAUGUGGAAGGAAAGAUAUUUCAAGCCGCAAAAGAUGCUGGGAUAAGCCUUCUUUCCAUAACUCAUCGCCCUUCUCUGUGGAAAUAUCACACACAUUUGUUGCAGUUUGAUGGGGAAGGAGGUUGGCGCUUUGAACAACUGGACACUGCCACACGUUUGUCAUUAAGUGAAGAAAAACAAAGACUAGAAUCUCAGCUCGCUGGAAUACCUAAGAUGCAGCAGAGGUUGAAUGAAUUGUGUAAAAUCCUAGGAGAAGAUUCUGUACUUAAAACGAUCUCUGAAGAGAAAUAAAUGUUUCAUGUGACAAUGUGUUGUCCAUUCUCUACCUUUUUUUUCCAGAAAUGUAUCCAGACUAAAGGUUAUGAUGUCUAAUGCAAAUGAAUGAAUGUACUCUAUGCAUGGAUUCUUGUAUAUGAAUCUGGGUUGAAAAAAUAUGUAAAAUAAAUUAACAUACGUACAAUUAUCAUAUGAUUAAUCAGAUCUGCAGAAUAUGUGCUUGCAAGAGAUACAUUUUUGUUUUGUGAGCUCCUUAAAUGUAUAAAGCUGACCACACAGUCAUUGGUUGUACUAUAGAAAUGUAUUAUUUAUUUAUCUUUUUGUAAACAAUUAUUAACUGAGUGGAUGACAAAUGAUACAAUAUAAUAAAAUGUAACAUACCAAGCAAUCGGAAUUCUGAUUGUUCUGGUAGAAAAUUUGUUUGAACAUUUUCAGUUUAAAGACUGCAUUUUAUGCUAAUCAGACUUUCCUCCAGUGGGAUGGUAUCAGGAUGCCGGCGCUUGGGAUGCCGACAGUAAAAAUACCAACAGCAGCAUCCUGACGCUCAGGAUCCUGACACCCAUUUGGUAAGUAAAUUAUUCCUAACAUCCUACCCACCUAUCCGAAACUUUCCCUUCCCACAGCCUUACCCUAACCUCCCCCCACACACACACACACACACAAGCCUAACCCUAAUCUCCCCUCCCCUCAGCCUAACGCUCCCUCCCCGCAGCCUAACCCUAACCCCCCUCGCAGUCUAACCCUAACCCUCCCCCCGCAGCCUUAACCUAACCCCCCUGGGAUCCCAACGCUGGCAUUUCAAUCCAUUUCAGGAUUGACUGACCGGAUCCCCCUACCAGCACAUGCUCUAGAUACAAAACACUACAUGUAAAAUCUGCUAAGAAAACUGUUACUUGAGUGCGUUAUUCAUAUCAAUGUCGAUUGUUUAUUGAUUAGAUUACCCAACAAUGCAGUUGAUCUUAUUCAAAUCAAAAAAGUUUAUGGGCAAUAACAGUUAAAACCAGUCAUGUAAUCUGGUAUCAUUUGGUUGGUGCUCUUAGAUUGUAUUUUCAUUUAAUUUGUAAAUUUUAGGAUGAUAUCAGAGUUGACCACCUGACUGUAUACCAUCUUGUAGCAACAGCUCAGCUAAAGGGGCUGUCUGUUACUGUCUAACUCUGGGACAGAUGUAUAAUCCUUGGAGAGAGAUAAAGUACCAACCAACCAGCUCCUAUCAUUUUUCAAACACAGUUUAUAACUGUUAUUUUGUAGACUGUGCUAGAUAAAUGAUAGCUAGAAGCUGAUUGGUUACAAUAGCAGCUUCUCCACUAUAUCUCUCUCCACGGUUUGAUAUAUCUCACCUAAUAUAUUAUCCUCUGGUCUGGGGGUAAUCUAGUCAAAAUAUAUAAAUGUAGACAUCUGUUUAAAGUCAGUUUAAGUAACAUCAAGUAAUCUUCAUAAAUUAAGCACUCUUUAGUAUUAAAUUAUUUUUUAAUGACAAAGAGUAAAAGGUACAACAAAUAGCAAUUAAGAUGACUCCGGCUAUUUUGUUUCUUUGACUAGAAGUUUAAUAAUGGAACGUAACAUUUUUAGCAGUAUCACAUCUUUAUGUCUGGUGUAAUAUAAGAUAUGUAAGAACUAUGGGGGGUCAUUCCGAGUUGUUCGCUCGUUAUUUUUUCCUCGCAACGGAGCGAUUAGUCGCUAAUGCGCAUGCGCAAUGUCCGCAGUGCGACUGCGCCAAGUAAAUUUGCAAUGCAGUUAGGUAUUUUACUCACGGCAUUACAAGGUUUUUUUCUUCGUUCUGGUGAUCGUAAUGUGAUUGACAGGAAGUGGGUGUUUCUGGGCGGAAACUGGCCGUUUUAUGGGAGUGUGUGAAAAAACGCUACCGUUUCUGGGAAAAACGCGGGAGUGGCUUGAGAAACGGAGGAGUGUCUGGGUGAAUGCUGGGUGUGUUUGUGACGUCAAACCUGGAACGACAAGCACUGAACUGAUCGCACUGGCAGAGUAAGUCUCGAGCUACUCAGAAACUGCACAGAGAAGUCUUUUCGCAAUAUUGCGAAUCUUUCGUUCGCAAUUUUGAUAAGCUAAGAUUCACUCCCAGUAGGCGGCGGCUUAGCGUAUGCAAAGCUGCUAAAAGCAGCUUGCGAGCGAACAACUCGGAAUGACCCCCUAUAUGUGUUUAUUUUCCUUUCAUAUAUAAUUAUAUAUUAUGUAAGAAAAACCUGCUAAUGUAUACAUGUUCACCAAAAAUGAAAUCCAUGCAUUAGGGCUGCCGACUAACUAUCCAAAAUGUUUCAAGUUGUCAAUUUUAGUUUAUGUCUGAAGAAAAGUGGAAUAUAAGUAAUACAUUUUAGGUAAUGGUGCAGUGGUAUAAUAACUAUUUGGGGCUCUGGGUCAGUUCUACCCCUUUCAGACCGCUUGAGCCAAGUCACACCCGAGAUUUGUGCACGGGUCCUUUCCGGGUGUAACUCGGUGAGACCCCUUUCAGACAGGUGGCCUGACCCGGCAAUAUGCCAGGUUGAUGAUGUCACCGCCGACGCAUGCGGAGGCUGCACUUGGAGAUGAGAUGAUCUCCAAGCGCUGCCUCUUCCUAUGGUGUGAACGGGUCUCGGGUUCACAUCGCACCGCGAGCCAGGUUUAAAACACGUGUUCAACCUUGCUUGCUACCCAAGUUAAUAUACUGGGUUGCUUGACCCGGAUUAUUUCAACUGGCUCCUUUCAACCUGGGUUAUUGCUGACGGUCUGAAAGGGGUUAUUAUAUCACUUGGCAUACACUAUACCUAUCUGAGUGACAAGAAGCAUUACAGAUAAUGUGCUUUGCUGCUAAUUAAAUAUCCAGAAAUUAUUUUCUGCUCUAAUUAAUGUAUUCCACAGUACCAGAUUAUACUUUUUAGUAAACAGCACUUUUUGAAAUAAUGAACAUCUCUUUCUGAUAUAAAGGUUCAUUUAAAUAUUCCAUGCAAUAUAUUGUGUAGGUCUAGGUCAGGCUUUCCCAACCACAGUCCUCAAGGCACACCAACAGUGCAGGCUUUAGCACAGGUGACUUAAUUAGUAGCUCAGUUAUUUUGAUUUAACCAUCUGUGCUACAGCCUGGAUAUCACUAAAACCUGCACUGUGCCUUGAGGACCGUGGUUGGGAAUGCCUGGUCUAGGUCAUCUCACUCCAAUUAUUCUUAUAACUAUGCAGUGGAGAUAUUUUUUUAAUAAACUAAAGCAGAAGUUAUUUCGAUUAUGUUUAUAUAAGGUGAAAUCUAUGAUACCUCAUAAACAAUAUUUCUGGUUUUGCACACGGUUCAUGGGCUUGUUCAGUGGGCAUAAGAAUUGAAUGUAACCAGAAUUUAUCUAUACUGCUAUAUAUUAGAAUAAUUUGUACAUUUAUUGGGGAAGAAAAUAACUUUGACCAAUGCUCAACAAAGGCCUGUUUGGUUUUCUAUAAGUAGAACCACCUCUAGAAUGUAACAGUGGAUAAUGCAGAACAUGUUUUAUUCUAAGCCUAUUGAACAGCAGAACCUAUAGACUUGCAGUAGCAUGUGGGCAGUCAAUUACUUUAUGCACUGUAAAUGCACAAUACAUAAUGUAUCAUGAGUUGCAAUUGUUAUGGCAAUAAAGGCAUGACCAAUCAAAGAAUAAGAAAUGGCAAACAAGUUACAUCAGUUUCCUAUGGUGUCACUGAAUCUGUAUUUCAAACAUCUCAGAGAAAUAAAUGCUGAAUAAGUAAAAUAAAUAUUUUAAUAAAAUACAUUAAAGCACAA